GAAGUAUAGAAGUAGAAUGCAAAUGGCGACGAAAUUUUGACAUAUGUAAACAGGUGAUCAAUUUCAGGAAAAAAGUGUUGCUUUGUUUGUGAUUAAUGCAGGCUUUUUAAUCGAUGAAAAAUGUUGUUCAGUUUUUUUAAUAAUACAUAUUAAUGGCUCUGUAUUAUAUUAAAUUAACAGAAAUAUGGAAGAAUCAAUGACUACUUCUCAGGGUGGUGAAUCUGAUAUGGAAUGUUCAGAUAAUGAAUUUUACGAUUAUUACAACUCGAAUGAUGAUAUUGAUAUAGAACAGAUAGAUCCUAGGAACAUUGAUCCAGAAUAUUUUGAGUAUAAUUGUCUUCUAGAGGAGCAAGUUGACAGGUUACUCAAUGAAACUGUUGAAACUUUGAGUAAUAAUUUACAAAUUCCUCCUUCAUUGGCAAAAGUUCUUUUACACAGCAAUCAAUGGAAUAUAAACGAAGUAACGAAAAAAUUUAACGACAACUCCACUCAGACUUUAAUCGCAGCGAGAAUCGAACCAGAUGCACCACCUAGUAGUUUACUUUUGACAAGAUUAUCGUCGUACGUUUAUUGUUCAGUAUGCGCUACUUUACAGCACUUUGAAAAUUUUCAUAAUCUGUCAUGUGCACAUAUGUUUUGUAAUGAAUGCUGGACCAUGCAUUUCGAAGUACAAAUUAACCAGGGUAUAUCUACUGGCAUAGCAUGUAUGGCAAGAGAUUGCAUUGUCUUAGCUCCAGAAGAUUUCGUACUAAAACAUUUACAACGUCCCAAUAUGAGAGAAAAAUAUCAACAGUUUUCUUUUCAAGAUUACGUUAAAUCACAUCCAUUUUUGCGAUUCUGUCCAGGUCCAAAUUGUUCUAUUGUGGUUCAUAGUAAGGAUAUUAAGGCUAAAAGGGCUACAUGCAAUCAAUGCAAAACUAUAUUUUGCUUCAAAUGUGGAUGUGAUUAUCAUGCGCCUACCGAUUGUCAUGUAAUCAAAAAGUGGUUGACGAAAUGUGCAGAUGACAGUGAGACUGCAAAUUAUAUAAGUGCACAUACUAAAGACUGUCCCAAGUGCCACAUUUGUAUUGAGAAAAAUGGCGGUUGUAAUCACAUGCAAUGUUACAAUUGUAAACACGAUUUUUGUUGGAUGUGUUUAGGCGACUGGAAAUCUCAUGGGUCUGAAUAUUACGAAUGCUCUCGAUACAGAGAAAAUCCAAAUAUUGCUCAUGAAUCCGUUCAUGCUCAGGCCCGUGAAGCAUUAAAAAAGUACCUACAUUAUUACGAGAGAUGGGAAAAUCAUUCAAAAUCACUGAAAUUAGAAGAACAGACAUUGGAGAAGCUCAGGUCACGUAUUAACCAAAAUGUUAUGUCAGGAUUGGGAACAUGGAUUGACUGGCAAUAUUUAUUUACUGCAGCAAAUCUACUGGCUAAAUGUCGAUACACUUUACAAUAUACAUAUCCAUAUGCAUACUAUAUGGAAGGUGGAUCGAGAAAGGAGCUGUUUGAAUAUCAACAAGCUCAGCUGGAAGCUGAAAUUGAAAAUCUUUCGUGGAAAAUCGAAAGGGCUGAAACUACAAAUCGGGGAGAUUUGGAAAACCAAAUGGAUAUUGCUGAGAAGCGACGUACAACUCUUUUGAAAGAUUUCUUAGAUGAGUGAUAUUUAUAUUAGAUUUAUCUAAUUUAUUUAUUCACUUUUUAUUAUUUUAAUUUUUUUUUUGAAUUUGUGCAGUGUUAUCGAAAAGAACAACACAGCACAGCUCAUUAUCUUAAAAUUUAGACUGUGAUGUAAACACCUGUUAAAUCACAUGUUCAUUACUUUGGAAUUAUCGAGCCUCUUAAAAAUAUACCUCUUAUACUAAAUGAAAAAGUUAAUAUUAAAUUCAACGUACUUAAAAAAUAAUUAAAUGCACCAUUAUGCUAUUAUAAUAAGUCAUUAUAUGUGGUAGUUAAUUCCACAGUAAUAUUUUGUCAAAUUUUUAAAUGAA